CUCUGCUAGCAACCGAAUAAUUGGUGCUAAGGAUCAUGCUUCUAUUCAGAUAAAUAUUUCUGAGGUGGACAAGGUGACCGGCAGAGUAAAUGGCCAGUUCAAAACGUAUGCCAUUUGUGGAGCAAUUCGUAGAAUGGGUGAAUCGGAUGACUCCAUUCUGCGUCUGGCAAAAAGAUGGAAUUGUUUCCAAGAACUUCUAACUGAAGAAACUCCAGUAUGGAACAUCUGA